AUGGACCAUCACCAACCCCAGCUCACCUUGGCCAAGACCUCGCGCCAUCGAUAUAAUGAAUGGAUAUUUCGUGAUGUCCCGAGUGAUAUAACAAUAGAAGUGAAUGGCACUGCGUUUGCGUUACAUAAGUUUCCCCUCGUCUCUCGUAGUGGGCGAAUCCGAAAACUGGUCUCGGAACACCGGGAACCGGCUAUAUCACGAGUCGAGCUUCUUUGCCUGCCUGGAGGCAGCGAAACAUUCGAACUUGCAGCAAAAUUCUGCUACGGUAUCAAUUUCGAGAUCACACCGUCGAAUGUUGCUCAGCUAUGUUGCGUUUCCGACUACCUCGAAAUGAACGAGGAUUUCUCGAACAAUAACCUCGGAUCCCGUGCCGACGAGUAUCUCAACUACGUUGUCUGCCAGAAUCUCGAAAUGUCGGUUGAAGUGUUGAAUCAGUGUGAAAACUUGCUUCCUUUAGCCGAUGAGCUCAAAAUCGUUAGCCGAUGCAUCGAUGCUGUUGCAUCGAAAGCGUGUGUAGAGCAAAUAGCGUCAAGUUUCUCAAGAUUGGAGUAUAGUAGCUCGGGUAGACUUCAUAUGAGUAGACAGAAGUGCGAAGCAGAUUGGUGGAUCAAAGAUUUAUCGAUUCUUCGGAUCGAUUUGUACCAAAGAGUCAUCGUUGCGAUGAAAUGCCGUGGGGUACGACCAGAAAGUAUCGGGGAAUCACUUAUGAAUUACGCCCAGAAGGAGUUGACAAAAAAGCCGAAUGGUCAACUGAAGGUAGCCAUGGCUGGUGGAUCGAGUGACCACGAAAGACUCGUGGUCGAAACCAUCGUUAGUCUGCUUCCGGUUGAGAAACUUGCAGUGCCUUUAAGCUUUCUUUUCGGGCUGCUGCGAAGUGCUGUGAUGCUCGAUUGUACGGUUGCUUGUCGGCUUGAUCUCGAGAGACGAAUUGGAUCGCAGUUAGAUAUAGCCACACUUGAUGAUCUUUUGAUCCCAUCUUUUCGGCAUGCGGGUGACACUUUAUUUGAUAUCGAUACAGUUCAUAGGAUCCUGGUUAAUUUCUCGCAGCAAGACGGCAGUGAUGAUGAUCAGGAUGGUUCGGUUUUUGAAUCCGAUGGUCUUGAUUCGCCCUCUGAAACGGCAUUAUUCAAGGUCUCAAAGCUGGUUGACAAUUAUCUCGCGGAGAUAGCACCUGAUGUAAACCUUAAGCUUUCUAAGUUUGUAGCCAUCGCAGAAAGCUUACCGGCUCAUGCUCGUACAGUUCAUGAUGGGCUUUAUCGCUCCAUUGAUGUUUACCUAAAGGCUCAUCAGGGUUUAUCAGAACUAGACAAAAAGAAGCUCUGCAAAUUGAUUGAUUUCCAGAAGCUUUCACCGGAAGCCGGUGCACAUGCCGCACAGAACGAACGGCUUCCACUUCAAUCAAUCGUCCAAGUUCUAUACAUCGAGCAGCUAAGACUUAGAAAUGCCUUGUACUGCUCAGAGCUUGGUGAGAGCCACAAGCUGCCGGUGCACCACCAGUCAUGGCGGAUCAACAGUGGUGCUCUCAGUACCACCAUGUCUCCGAAGGAUAACUAUGCAUCAUUAAGACGAGAAAACCGGGAGCUGAAACUUGAACUGGCUCGGUUAAGGAUGAGAUUAAAUGAUUUGGAGAAAGAACAUGUAUGCAUGAAGAUGAAUAUGGAGAAAUCUAACUCACGUAAAUUUAUGAGCUCGUUUUCGAAGAAAAUAAGUAAACUCAACCUUUUUGGACAUAGUUCUUCAAGGGGAUCAACCUCUCCAUCAAGAAAUUCACAAAGAACUGAUUCUAAGGUAACGGUGAGAACAGAAUGAAGCAAUUUGUUUAGGAAUCAUUUUGUCUAUGUUUUAAUUUUGAUCUGGGUAUUUACGGUCCAUAUAUAAUUCGAUUUUGUCU